CCGCGCGCCUGCCGGGCCGGGCCUCGUCGGCGCGUGCCAAUUUCCGUAUCCGGCUCCUGGCGCUUCCGGUCCUAGCUGGGCACAUCUAGGAGGGUAUACUGCAGACCUCCAGAUGUUGGUCUGUGGGAUUCGGCAGAGGAUGAGUUUUCUAUCCUCCUCUCAACUGUAAGCUACUCUUCCCAACUGUUCUCCCGCUGUCCACUGUCAUCAUGUCUACCUUACUCCUCAAUCUGGAUUUUGGUGAACCUCCCCCAAAAAAGGCGUUAGAGGGGAAUGCCAAGCACCGAAAAUUUGUCAAGAAGCGCCGGCUCUUGGAACGGAAGGGCUUUUUGAAUAAGAAGCAGCAGCCCCCUAGCAAGGUGUCUAAGUUGCAAUCAGAAUCGUCAAAGAAAGGGAAAUCUCCCAAGGUAGAUGGCACUUGGAAGGCCCCUCUUCUUUCAAAAAAGAAGACAGCUGCCUCCAGCGGUGGGUCAGAGCAGUCUCUGGACAAGCCAUCUGCAGUGCCUUGGCUGACCCCUGCCCCUUCACAGAAGGCUGGUUCUGUUGUGGCCAAAGUAGACUUACUGGGGGAGUUCCAGAGUGCCCUACCAAAGAUUAAGAGCCACCCAACUCGCCCCCGGAAGAAGGGCUCCCAGAAGAAUGCCCCACAGAAUUCCACCCAAGCUCAUUCCGAGAAGAAAUAUUCUGGAGCAUCCCAGAAGGGUCCGAGCAAGAUGGUGGCAAUUGACUGUGAGAUGGUGGGCACAGGACCCAAAGGGCAUGUCAGUUCCUUGGCUCGGUGUAGUAUUGUCAACUACAAUGGAGAUGUGCUUUAUGAUGAGUACAUCCUUCCCCCCUGCCACAUUGUGGACUACCGGACCAGGUGGAGUGGUAUUCGGAAGCAGCAUAUGGUGAAUGCCACACCCUUCAAGAUUGCUCGAAGCCAGAUCUUGAAGAUUCUCACAGGGAAGAUUGUGGUGGGGCAUGCCAUCCACAACGACUUCAAAGCCCUUCAGUACUUUCACCCCAAGUCCCUCACCCGAGACACCUCCCACAUUCCCCUCCUCAACCGGAAGGCCGACUGCCCAGAGAAUGCCACCAUGUCUCUGAAGCGUCUCACCAAGAAGCUGCUGGACCGGGACAUCCAGGUCGGGAAAAGCGGACAUUCCUCUGUGGAAGAUGCUCAGGCCACCAUGGAGCUGUACAAGUUAGUUGAAGUGGAGUGGGAACAGCACCUGAUCCAGAAUCCCCCCAAAGACUAAUGGCCGUGGGGGUGCUGGAGAUGUGGGGUGGCAGAGGCAGCAGUGCACCAGGAGGACGGGGCAGUGGACCAAUGGACAGCUCUACCAGCUCCACGCCUUUGGAAGCUAGAGUUAUUGGGGAGCGUGAGGCUCCACCCCAGACUUAAUAUCCAUUGAAGUUUCACCUCAGGUGUUGUGUUCUGUGUGUCCUGGUUAAGUGUCCCAUGGAAGGAGGAAGUGUCCACGUCAGAACCCAGCCCUAGGCUGUUUACCUCUAAAGUGGUGCUAAUUGUGGGGCCCAGGGUGCUUUGCUCCUGGGAAAGCCUUUUGACUCUCAAGGGGCAGGGCGUACUGGAAAAUGUAGUUUCCCAAACUGCCUUAUCACUAGGGCGGCCAUAUGUUCCAUUUUUUUAUGCCUUUUGUUUUCAAAAACAGCCCCCUCUUUCCCUCUCAGAAGUAUCCUGUUGGAUGAUAGAUAACGUACAUGAUCCCAUUACAUCUCUCAGACUCUGCUUUUGGCUCAGAGUCUACAUCUAGUCUGUGUUGGGAUAUCACCUGUUCUUCACCUUGACUUCCAGAGGCGCCAUCCCUGGUGAGGGUUUGUUCUCAGGGCCCCAGGGCAGUAGAGACAAGAGAGUGUGACUUGGAAAUCCAUUUUUCUGAUUUAGGAAAGCAGUCUCUUUCCUAAAGUGAUAGAGGAUUUAUUUAAUUUAGAUCCCAUUCGGUGGCCUACAAAAGAAUGUACGGUGUUUUAAUGGUUUUUAGUCUUCUACUUUGCUAAACCAAGCCUCUAAAUCUCAAAUUAUUCCCCUGAUAAAUUUUUAUAAAGGAAAAA